AUGUUGCCCAACACAUCCGUCGCCUACGCCCCGCUGUCAGCAUGCCUGCAGCAGCGGUUUAGACGGCUCAACAGCGGAGUCUGCCAGCUCGAGGCUAACUACCUCGCAACUGGCAAGAGCUUCUUCGCACUUCCCGCCCUAUCGUCGGACGCAUUCGAUCACUUCUGGACGACCGACGACUCCAGAUUUGCUCGAUUUGUCAAACUGUUCUGGACGGCCGAAGGCGCGGAAGGUCCAGAGUUCUGCCUCAACCUCACCAGGCUCCUUACACUUCGGGACGAAAUCUCACAAGCUCUGAAGCAUGACGAUCUGUCAUCCGCAGAGACCAAGCUAGACGUCUUGGAGGAGAAAGGGGAAAUCCAAGACCUCGAAGUUCAACGCGCGAUCUCUGACAUCGAUCGGCUCUACCUCGAGAAGGUUGGGGAGGAGCGGCCAUCGAACUACCCUGUCACUCUGCAACUGGCACUUCUUGAAGGGGAUGAACUUGAUUUCUUCAAGCAGUGGUUGUCCGCCGUACCAGAGAUCAAGAAGUCCGUGGAGCUCGGUAUCGCGACCUUCGAUGAGCUCGUCUUCGAUGCUAGGCACAAGGUGGAGGAUAGUGUAGUCUUCGGAGGCGACGAUGAAGAGACACUGUACCCUCCUACCCCGGUCGAGGAGCGCUCCGGAUCGCACGCACCAACAGACAACUCGGAACUCUUUGGAAGGUAA